AGCUGCCCGAGUCGGCAGCUGCGGCGGGUCGCACGGCUCCGGCCUUUCUCGGGGGGCGGGCGGGGGAGGCGAGGCGCGCGAGCGGAGCGCGGAGCACGAUGUCCAACACGGGCGGCGGAAAGAAGCCGCCUGUGGAGCCGCAGGCGGGGCCAGGCCCAGGGCCGGGGCGCGCAGCUGGGGAAAAGGGCCUGCCGGGCUCCUUCCCGCUGGUCCUGAGGAAGCUGAUGGAGAACCCCCCGCGCGAGGCGCGCCUCGAUAAGGAAAAGGGGAAGGAAAAGCUGGAGGAAGACGAGGCCGCAGCAGCCAGCACCAUGGCCGUUUCAGCCUCUCUCAUGCCACCUAUCUGGGACAAGACCAUCCCAUAUGAUGGCGAGUCCUUCCAUCUGGAGUACAUGGACCUGGACGAGUUCCUGCUGGAGAAUGGCAUCCCUGCCAGCCCCACCCACCUGGCCCAGAACCUGCUGCUGCCUGUGGCCGAGCUAGAAGGAAAGGAAUCGGCCAGCUCUUCCACAGCAUCUCCACCAUCCUCUUCCAACGCCAUCUUUCAGCCCUCUGAAACUGUGUCCAGCACAGAAUCCUCCCUGGAAAAGGAAAGGGAGACACCCAGUCCCAUUGACCCCAGCUGUGUGGAGGUGGAUGUGAACUUCAAUCCUGACCCUGCCGACUUGGUCCUCUCCAGUGUGCCAGGCGGGGAGCUCUUCAACCCUCGGAAGCACAAGUUUGCAGAGGAGGACCUGAAGCCCCAGCCUAUGAUCAAAAAGGCCAAGAAGGUCUUUGUGCCCGAUGAGCAGAAGGAUGAAAAGUACUGGACAAGACGCAAGAAGAACAAUGUGGCUGCCAAACGGUCCCGGGACGCACGGCGCCUGAAGGAGAACCAGAUCACCAUCCGGGCAGCCUUUCUGGAGAAGGAGAACACGGCCCUGCGGACGGAGGUGGCUGAGCUACGCAAGGAGGUGGGCAAGUGCAAGACCAUCGUGUCCAAGUAUGAGACCAAGUACGGGCCCUUGUAACUCAUGCCUCGCCCAGGCUGCGCUGCCUACACCCAGCCUCUGCCUGAGGGCUCCCUGAAACCCCACACACAUGUGGAGACUUAGGACUCCUCGAGGGCCAAUGGCGGCGCACCUGCUCCAGGAGUGGUCACGUUCGAGCUUCAUUAUCACAUGGUCAGCGCACGUGGCAACUUCCCUAGGGGGCCAGCCUCCUCGCUGGUGAAGCCGCGAGGGAAUCGACGUAGACGGGUGCAUCAGCCUUAGUUUCUAUUCUUGGAUGUCCCAAUUGAAUCAGAAGGGGGCCUCUGGAGGACAGCUCUCCUUUCCCAGGGGCUCAGGCUGCCCUGACUCUCCCUCGGUCUCCACAGAACGAGUCCAUCAUUGUCGCGUCUUCUCAGGUAGCAGGGUGUGUUUCCAGGUGGACUGUCCGUGGUCCACCUCACCCUCCCCAGAAAGUUUGAGAGAAGCAUCCAUUUCCAUCUCCCUCAGCAGUAGAAAGACACGCCUGCUCCUCCAUAGUUUCUGCAUGGGUACCAGCCCACCAGAGCCGGGUCUCUGCAGCCUGGGAUGGGGUUUGGGUCUGCAGCCUGCAGCCUGCAGCCGAAGUGCACCCAACCAUUCUUAGCUCUCACACCCCUUUACUCUGUGGCUCCGAGGCCUGGAAGCCCGGGAGGAGGUGCUGGCAGUCGGCUGUCUGUUUUGUCUGCUGUGAAGGAGACUCCCAGGUUGGCCAGACUCUGAGCCCUAAUCACAGUGCUGAGAGGGGCUUUUGCAUCUCCUCUUCUCCAGGUCACUUGUGGAUACCACCUGAAUCUUGUUUGUCCUCCUAGACUGGGCUUCUAGGCCUGUUUCUCUUCACCCAGUGAUCAAUCUCAGAUCUUGGAUUUAAAAGGAACACCCCCCUCAUCUACGAAGCUUAAUUUUCUGGAGACAGGAUGCACCUUCUGCAUGGUGUUCAGAAAACCAGCCUCCACAGCCCCUUACACUGCGGGCAGGGAACUGGGCCAUUUGUCUCCAUUUUGUCUUGCUCUGUUCUCCGGUGUGGGCCAGGCCAGAGGAAAGAAGAAGAGGGCUUCCCAGUUCUUGAUUCAAGAUCCCUCCCUGUGCAAGCUGCCUAGAGCCACCUGCUGGGCAGGACAGCCGGCCAGGGUCCCAGCACAACUCAUGGAACAGCCAGUUCUCGGGACAUUUAUCCACUAGAGUCCCCUCAGCUGGGUCCCUGAAGAUGUGGGCCACCCACACAAGCCUGGCCGUGGUAUGUGGAGGGGUCCUUGCAGCUGUGGCUCUACCUCACAGCUGUUUUCUCUUGUGUCUGGCUGGACUCGUCCUUUUGCUCCGCCCAGGAGACUCAUUGAGGAAAUCUGGAACACACUGUUCCUUGUGGCCAGCCGGGGCACCUGCAGAUAGGUGCAUUUAUUGGCUCAGGGCCAGGCAGCCUGUGGUUAAGAGGGGUCAGAGGUGACGAGUACAUUUUGUCAUGUUUUCCACUGGCUUUAUUUAAAGUGGUAGCUCCAAGACCCAGGCUCUGACCCCUACAAACUUUAUAUAACAUGUUAAGACCCGAGGACACCAUCCACUGGCCGUGGACCGCACCCAGGGGAACACCAUGGUCCUCUGGGGACCUACAUACCCACCUCUCCUGGGGACUUGACAAGGCUGCCUGAUGCCAAGGGAGGUCACUGACUCCCUAUAGCACCCUGACUUUUAUUUUGUGGUUCUAUAAAAACCAUGUUCACACUUUUCACUCUAUUGUAACCACAACAGGGCAGUCACAUCUGGCAUGUCAGUGUCCUGCCCUGGGCAGCUCACCCGCCCAGGCACUCGCCCUCUGGUCUGGAGACCCACCAAGAGGGCAGUUCUCAUUUUGUUAUUAGUAGAAGAGCUUCCAGUGUUAAAGCUCUUCAUUUUCUUUGGCCAGAAAGUGUAUGGUUUGUGUGUUUGUUUGUUUUUAAAAGAAUGGAGACUUAAUCUCUGAAUGGUGUCCAUGUUCUGAUCCUCAUGGGUGGGAUAAUGGCCUGACAUCUCCUCUUUGUCCCACCUUCUGCCUGUUCAGCCCUCCCCUCCUUCCCCCCAGGCAGUGGGCGGCUGGUUCCUUCCCAAAGUGCUUACUUGGAAAGAAUGUGGCUGCUGUCCUCUUCUAGAAGAGCCC